AUGCGUACCACCGGCACCAUCCUCCUUGCGGCUCUGGCCUCCGUGGCCAUUGCGCACUCGGUCAAGCCAGACUACUACAAGAACCAGCACGACGGCGGCGCUGAUGACCAUGUGGCCCACCACCAGGGGUCUGGCGAGCGCCCAGGAAAGGGCUUCCUCGAUCACAUCAAAGGUUCUUGGGGCAAGGACCCGCACGCUCAUGGAGGCGCCGCUCAUCACGGCCACGGCCACCAGUGGGCAGAUGACGACGAUGAGAAUGACUCUGAGCUGAAGGCUCGCGACGCUCUCUUCGGCUUUGGCAACAAGAACAAGGGCAAGGGCAAGGGCCACGGCGGUCAUCAAGGCCACCCAAGCCGCCCAGUCCACGGAGGCCAGGUCGACCGCGAUGGCGAUCUCCCCAACCAGGGCCCUGACGACGAUGACCCAUCCAACUUCCUCCCGAACAACAUGCACGACGUCACGCCCUUCCCAGCCGAGGAGUACUACGACGACGAGGGCAAGGUCCUCGACCACAUCCCAUCCCCCAAGAAGCACCACGCCCGUGAUGCGGACGCGGAAGCCAAGAAGAGCCAUGGUGGACUGUCCUUUCCCAACGAAGAGUGGUACGACGACGAGGGCCGCUUGAUCGGUGCAGAGGACGGCUACGACAACGAGGACGAGGAGGACGGCGUCGAGCUCAACCUCCCCGAGGACGACGACUCGCGCCAAAUGCGCGCGAACUGGUGGGCCGCCGAACAACGCGACGACUACCCAGACCGCGCACCACCAGGCUGGACUGAUAACGAGGAUGACGAGGAUGACAACACCCCAUCGCGCCCAUCCGGCCACGGCAAUGCCCACGCCCACGCCCACGGCAAGCCAAAGCACCACCACGCCCGCUCCGCGCCCCACAUCGAGGAUGACGAGGAUGAAGAUGACGACGACGUCGAGCUCAACCUCCCCAACGACGAGCACUCCCGCAAGCACCGCCAGGCCUGGUGGGACGAGGAGCAGCGCAACGGCCACCAGGGCCACGCUCCAGCGGGUGGGUUCCACGGCCAACAUGACAACAAGCCGUCGUACCACCGCCACUACAGCGCGCACCAGAUGCGUGGGGUGGAUGUCGAUCGCGAAGCGGCGACCAACAGUGAUCAGUACUACUAUGACGUUGGUGAUGAGGGGGAUGAGGGAGAGUAUGACCCUAGCUAUGGUGGCGAGGAUUAUGAUGAGGGGUUUGAGAAGAGGGAUGCGAAGAAGCAGCCCAAGCCACCAAAGGCCCCCAAGGCCCCGAAGCCAAAGAAGGGCAAAGGCUGGAGCAUGUUCCCGUGGUAG